AUCGACUUAUCGCUCAAAACCCUAAUUGCUCUCCGAUCAACCUCCGGUUCCAUUUCCGGUCACCCUCUUCUCAAUUCCGAUCUCCGAUCGAUUGCAUUCUUCGGGUUCAGAAAGAAACAUAGCAUCGAUCUCCGACCUUUUCCACGUCGUUUUCACUCAAAACUCUGAUUGCUCUCGGAUCAACCUCCGGUUCCAUUUCCGAUCACCGUCCCUUUUGAUUUCCGAUCGAAUUCCCUCCGUUUCGAUUCCCUCUUCUCAAUUCCGUUCGCAAAGAUGGAUAGCAUCGAGGAUAUGGGACAGAACACCGUUGCUCUCUUGCCGGAACAACAUCAAGAAAUCGCUUCCGCUAGUAGUAUCGAGGAUAUCGAUAAUUCAAUUGGACAGGGCACUGUUUCUCUCUUGCCGGAACAAAAACCGCAGGAACAACACCAAGAACUCGCUGCCGCUAAUAUUGAUGCUUCUGAUCAACAACAAGAAAAACUCCCCGCUCCUCUUCCCUUAAUUCUCCAUGGUCAAUAUGGUGGCCGAAUCCUACAUGGUUGCUCCCUCUUUGGUUGCAACCAUGUAGUGGUUGAUGGUGAAAUAUAUUGUUCUGACACGCACAAGGAGAUGGCCAAUUCACUUGCUAGUGAAGGAAAGGCUUAUGUGAUUGUUGACGGCUUCUUUAACGCAGACCGGGAGAAAAAUUUUAGGAUUGUUCUUGCGUUGCUGAGAAAGGUUGAAGACAGUGUAGCUGGUGGAAUCCCAGAGAUUGAAGAUGGUGAGAUCUUUCAGAAGCUGCCAGUGAAUUGGAACUUUAUAAAUUUGCAUUUUCUCCAUGGAGAAAUGGAACGAUCUUGGUUGUUUUACCAUAAAAGAAACACUUUAAAGCUCCCUACAUUUGAAGUGGGAAAUUACACUAUUAGAUGGUCAAGGUCACACCAUGCUGUUUACAAAUAUGGGGAAUAUGAUGACAUCAAGUCUACUGUUUUUUACAUGCGAUAUGACACUAGAAAGGGACAAAAGCCAGUUGAAGGGGAUCCAUGUGGUUUGAAAGGUUGGUCGUUAAGUGAGCAUGUUCACAAAUCCACAUCACUUUUCUGUCUUACUUACCGCAUUGGGAAAGAUUACAAGGCUCCUAUAUUCAACACGUCUAAAGAAGGCGGCAGCGGGAAAAGGAAGAGAGGCUAUGAUCAGCCAAGUUCCUCUGGUUCAAAGGGAGAAGCACCGGUUGCUACUCUCUUGCCGGAACAACAACAGCGGGAACAACAUAAAGAAGAAGAACUAGCUGCUCCCUUUCGCCACGGUCAGUAUGGUGGCAGAACCCUUCAUGGUUGCUCCCUCUUUGGUUGCAACCAUGUAGUGGUUUAUGGUGAACGAUGCUGCUCCGAGUUUCAUGAUGAGAUGGCUGCUGAACUAGCGAGUCAAGGCAAAGCGUAUGUGAUUGUUGACGGGUUUUUUGACUCGGGAAGGGAGCGAAAUUAUCGGAUCGUCGUUGCCUUGCUGAGAAAGGUAGAAUACAAUCUAGCUGGUGGAAUCCCUGAGGUUCAUGAUGUUGAGAUCUUUCAGAAGCUGCCAAGAGAGUGGAACUUUAUAAAUUUGGAUUUUCUCCAUCAAGAAAUGGAACGAGGCUGGUUAUUUUUCCAUAAAAAAAGCACUCCAGAGUUCCAGAUAUUCAAAGUGGGAGAUAAAACCAUUCAUUGGUCAAGGUCAAACCCUGUUGUUCACAAAUAUGGUGAAUAUGAUGAGAUCCACUCUACUGUUUCGCAGCUGCAAUAUUAUACUCAGAGGGGGGGGAAGGCAGUAGACGGUGAUCCAUGUGGUCUAAGAGAUUGGUCGUUAAGUGAGCAUGUUUACAAAUCUACAUCACUCUUCUGCCUUAGUUACCACUCGUCGAAAGAUGACAAAGCUGGUAUAUUCACGAUGUCUAAAGGAGACGACUGCGGGAAGAGGAAGAGAGGCGUUGAUCAGCCUAGUUCCUCUGGUUCAAAGGGAAAAGGAAAAGACAAGACUGUGUUUAAAGAUGCUCCUUUGCGGGAAAAACAACAAGAACUCCCAGCCGCUUCUCUUCCGCUACAUGGUUGCUCCCUCUUCGGCUGCAACCAUGUAGUGGUUGAUGGUGAAAGAUAUUGCUGUGACACUCAUAAAGAGAUGGUUAGUCAAGGAAACGCAUAUGUCGUUGUUGACGGGUUUUUUGACGAAAGGGAGCAAAAUUAUCGGAUUGCUGUUGCCUUGCUGAGAAAGGUAGAAGACAAUGUAGAUGGUGGAAUCCCAGAGAUCCAAGAUGUUGAGAUCUUUCAGAAACUGCCAAGUGAGUGGAACUUCAUAGAUUUGGAUUUUCUCAGUCAAGGAAGGGAGCGAUCUUGGUUAUUUUACCAGCAAAAAAGCACUCCAGAGUUCCAAAGAUUCCGAGUGGGAGAUAAAACCAUUCAAUGGUUAAGGUCAAACCAUGCUGUUCACAAAUUUGGUGAAUAUGAUGAAAUCCACUCUACUGUUUCGCAGCUGCGAUAUCAAAUUAAGAGGGGGGAAAGGGCAGUAGACGGUGAUCCAUGUGGUCUAACAGGUUGGUCGUUGAGUGAGCAUGUUUACAAAUCCACAUCACUCUUCUGCCUUAGUUACUGUUCGUCGAAAGAUGACAAAGCUCGUAUAUUCAACACGUCUAAAGGAGGGAAGAGAGGCUCUAAUCAGCAGAGUUCCUCUGGUUCAAAGGGAGAAGGUAGAGACUAGACUGUGUUUCUUAGUUAGUUCCAAUCUUUCUUCGUUUGAAAAUUGGAGUGUGAUCAUCAUCUGUUGCAGGUAUCGAUUACAGAAAGUUGUUGUUUGUUGUGUUUGUAGUAUAGAUGCUUCUGGUAUUAGCAAUUUUUACAUUAGAUGACUAAUAUUCUUGAACUUGUAGAUAAAAUACCAUAGCACAA